AUGAACAUGAGCCGUCACUUUCGAGUGGCGGUGAAUUGCUGUCCCUCAGAAGAGGAGAAGGUGUGGAGGGUGGAGGGAGACAGUCUGGAAACCUCGGAUGGCGGAGAGUCUUACUCGUUCGACGCCAUUCUCCGUGAGAGAGGCGGAGGAGACGAAUUGUAUACCAGAACCAUCUCCCCACUGGUGUCCUCGGCUCUGGAAGCUGGACACGACCUAUUCAUCGUGGCCUACGGUCCGUCGGGAACUGGGAAGACUCAUACAGUGUUCGGACCCUCGGCACAGAUCUCGCGACUGCGGAGAGGGGCCAGGGGGAUCGUGGCUCGUCUCGGAGACCAGGUAUUCGACCUCGUUUCCCAGGACCGCGUCUGCAGAGUUUCCGCCUCCUUCUUCCACGUGUUUGAGGACGGGAGAGUCACUGAUCUGUUUGACUCUCGUCGCAGAAGACUGGACGUCGUGGAGAAUAGCUCAGACACCUCCAGCUACUCCGUUCCUUCCCUGGCCGUUCACCAGGUCUCCUCUACUCUUGAGCUCGCGAGACUGACAGAGAGAGCAAAACUCAUGCGGAACGCCAGCGGCGGGAGGCGAGACCACCGUCCAAAUCCUCAGUCGUACAAGUCUCACUGCAGCCAUGCCUUUGUUUCUUUGCUAGUGGAGCGAGUGGUGGGUGUAAGGGGAGAGGGGAGAGGGGAAGAGAGUGUCACAACGUCUCAGAUCACAGUGGUUGAUAUGGCAGGACACAGCAUAGAACUGAUCCAGGCAAAUCAGCCAUCUCCUGACAGUGGUGUCCAGACUCUCCACCAGAUAUUGACUACCCUUCCCUCUCAAGGCAUCACAGCUGUAGCUGGUCUUUUCUCCAGCUCACCUCUCACAAAACUCCUGAAACCUUGUCUCGGAGGCAGCUCUGAGGCUGUCCUGCUAGGGACAGUCUCUCUGGUGACUCAAAUCAAUGAGUCAGAUUUGGGGAAGACUCUGGAGAGGAUUGCCGAUAUGAAGAAGAAAGUGUGCGGGAAGGUGGGGGUCAGUGAGGAGCCUCGAUCAUGGAAAAGGGGCCAGGAACAGGACAAGGAAUAUGUGGAGAUCAAUGGCCAGAGGUUUUCUGAGCUAACAUCAUCCUGUGGACAUCUCCUGGGGAGCCUUGACAAGUUGGAGACUCAUCUGAUGCACAACGGAAUCAGCAGGAAAAAACAGCAAACUCCUCUCCCAACAAGUACUAAUGUUCCUGUCAGUAAAGCUCCAGCUUUUCCCAGGCCUUUUCUUACCAGACCGGCUCAACUGGCGAAGCCUAUAAGUCCUCUGCCGGUGUUCACGACUACUCCGCAGCCGUCCACCACACACAGCUCCUCAUCCUCUCUAGAUGACAGCAGUCUGUCAGAUGAUGCGUUCAGUCAGCCGAGUACCACAGUCUCGGGACCUCCACCGCCUCCUCUGAGAGAUAUUCCACACAUUAUUCCCCACUCAGUCUUUCCUCCUCCGCGACCUGUGCCUCGCUCAGUACCGUUCCGGCCCUCGUCUGCCCACUCCCACCACCAACACUCAUCUCUGGCCAGCUCCAGCCAACAGUCCCACUGGCUCCUCCCACUCUUCCUCUCUCCGAAACACCCCCACACCCUCACAACCUCCCACCCCACACUCAGCACCCUCCCCAGACCACCAAUACCUCUCAAACAGCUAGCUCCUCUCCCUAAGCCAGUUCUGCCACACACUCUGGGUCUUUCCAGACCCCUCCCUCCUGUGAUCAGGCCACACCCACCUCUCCCGUCGGCCUCCGUCAGCUAUGGACCCACUCCCCUCCAAACUUCCACUCCAAAGAAACGUAACCAACUCUCUGUUACUCCGCUAACUCCUGGUCUUCCUCUGUCAGCUCUGCCCUCCAUCCCUCCCUCUCCGUCUCACCCCUCCACCCCUGGCAGCCUCACGCCCAAUGCUGGUUCGCCUGCUCCUUCCCCCAACCCCUCUCCAGUCCCGAUCCACCGACACCUGAUCAUCCCCUCGUCACAUCUCCACCCUCUCACAUCCCCACCUCAUCCGGUUCCAGUCCCACCAAUUGCCAGGGGCAGCCUCAGUACAUCAUCAUCAUCGAUAACUCUCUCUGACUCUGACCUCAGCCAAGAGGCCCGAGAUACCUUUGACCCUGUGAUGAGGAGUAGGAUGCUAUCAAUGCACAGAAAUUCUCUUCCAUACAAUGGAGUCCCUAAUGAGAACUACCAAACUCCUCAGGAGGAAGCCCCUCCAUAUGAGGAUGUUGAUCACUCUUUCCACAGAGGGCAGGUGGGGGCAGAGGGGAGUGGGGGAGGGGGGAGAAGGAACAUGAGUGAGUACACGAGUCGUGAGGAGAUCCACAUGGCCGCGAUGGAGGGAGUCAAAUCCUCACAGCUCAAGAAACUGGCGAUUCAGUAUGGAGUAGACUACCGAGACCACGGAGGUCGGACUCCCCUCAUGUAUGCCGUCCUCGGGAACCAACCACGCAUGUGCGACACUCUGCUACACCUGGGUGCAAAGGUCAACGCUCAAGACAGCACAGGUCUGACUCCACUCCUCUGGGCCACAUUCCAAGCCAAACCUCAGUGCAUGAAGAUUCUGCUCAAACACGGAGCAGAUAUCUGUAUGAGGGACUCGGAGGGCCGUUCUGUGUUCCAUUGGGCAGUGAAAACACCAAACAUCAACUGUCUGAAGGCUCUCCAACGACAAGCCACACCCACCAUCAUUAACACUCCCGACAAGGAGGGUCUUACCCCACUCCAUUGGGCGGUGCUGUGCAACCAGCCGGCCCACACCAACCUCCUCCUCUCCGCUGCUGCUGACGUCAGUCUCCAGGACUCUGAGGGACGAACUGCUCUCACACACGCUGUUCUCAGCUCUUCCUCUGCCUGCAUCAAAGGGGCAGUCAACCAUCGAGAUGAGAAAGGUCGCACCGCUCUCCACUACGCCUGCGCCGAGGGCUCCACUGACUGUGUCAGGACCCUCAUCACUGCUCGGAGCUGUGACCUCCAUGGUAGGGACAGUAGAGGAACAACUCCUCUUCACUGGGCAGCCGCAGCUAAUCAACCGUCCGUUUUGCAGCUGCUUCUCAGACGAGGGGUGGAUCGGUCUUUGAAAGACAGUGAUGGGUUGACGGCUGUGGAACAUGCGGAGGUCAGAGGUCACAGCGAGUGUGCCCACAUUCUCCAUAACUACGGUCUCCGAAGACCAAGCUCCGCCCUCUCGUUAGCUUCACAGGUCUCGGUGCAUGCUGCCCAGCCUCUAUCUCUAGACGAGCACGGACAUGUAUCUCUCUCCCUUCCUCAUCGCCAGUUCUCCCUCUCUUGCUCCUCCCUGCCACGCCCACCAGCUGACGGACAGGCCCAUCCUACUGACGACAGCCUCUCAGACCACAUUCAGGGGGCGGAGCCUCAAACCCACACUCAACAUUCGCUGGAGGCGAAUGGAGGCUACAAUGUCAGUGUCCUCAUCUCCUUCUACUCGAACCCGAGCCACCGACACUAUAGCGGCGACUGUUGCGACUUCAUCGCUGUGUGGGGUAGCUGUUGGGGAGAUUGUGACAACUACUUCCUUGUGUGUCUGGGAGAAGGAAGCGAGGAGGUCUGCCGGGACACUGGAGAGGUGGGGGACAGUGACUCCAUAACCUUUGACUCUCACGUGGGCCGACUACCUAAUCCCAUCAACUUCACUGUAGAUGGAUCUUGGAAUGGUGGGCUGAGUGUAACAGUCGAUGUUUAUGACAAUGAUCACUACUCUGAUGAUGAGUUCAUCGGCUGGUUCAGAGUUACUGAACCCACCAAUGGUUCACUCGCACUCUCAGGAAGGCAAGCGUCCAUCACUCUCUCUGUCACAGUAUCAUGCAGUGAGGGCUAUUUCGGAGCAGACUGCAGUGUAGAGUGUGAGCCAGAGCCAUCCUCUCACUGGUGUGGCUCCGACGGCCGCUGGGUCUGCGUGGACGGGUGGACUGGAGAAUGGUGUGAUAUCUGCACGCCACCUUCCAACUGCUCUAAGACUGGAGGUUACUGUAGGAGUCCGGGGCAGUGUCUCUGUCGUGAAGGUUUCACUGGUCCCUCUUGCAACACCAGUUCAUCUCCCACACUGCCACCUAGUACCAGCGGAGCACUGCCCAACACUACCAGCACUUCCCCUCACUCACCUACCAGUGUCGCUACCAAUAUUGGAAUACCAUCCAAUACUCCACUACCCACUGCUCCAGCUACUGAGCCGCCUACCAGUGGACCAAAACCAACCAGUGAUUUCUCUCCAACCACCAAUUCUUCCCCCGAUCAACCACCAACUGGGCCUAGCAAUAUCUCCUUCUCCACUGGGAUAGUUACUCCUGCUAGCACUGCAGUACUUGAAUCACUAGUGGACCAAGUGAUUCCCACUGGGACCAGCAAACCCAACCUUUCUCCCAUUCUAAUGGCAAGUCGUGGUGAAAUGGGAAGUGUGAUUGGGGGUGUGACUGCCGGCUUGGUGGUGCUAAUUGUCCUACUAGUAUUCUUAAUCAUUGCAAUUUGGUACUGCUUGUACCAACAGCGACAGAAAAGAAAGAGAAAGAAGAGAGGGGAUGAUGUUCACCCCCUCGUCCAGCCGCUAAUUGGGGAGAAUCCAAUGUAUGUGGACCAUGCCAUGGGCACUCACGCUGCACACCAGAAUGGCAGAGAGUACCACCAGUUUACAAACCCUCUCUAUGGACUGGUUCGCUCCACCCAGAGUCUCAGCUCACCAACAAGAUCUGCCGCCCCGUCCUCUCCUCUCUAUGCCUACCCCACAAGACGAGGACACCUCCUGGCCUCGGUCUACCUCCCUGGAGACGACUCCCCACUCACUGGCUCCCUAUCCAGCCAGCAACAUGGAGUUAGCAGCUCUCCCCGCGGUGACCAGCACUUUGAACAACAACCUCUGCUUCCCUCCACUGUCAGCGGGGAAGAACAACCAGCAAACAGUGAUGUUGGAGAACCAGCAAACAUCGAUCGGCUUGAAAUGAAUGUCACCGUCGUCGUAUGCAUACUCGCAGCGGUAAGGGGUCUACUGACAGUGCUCCGAGAACUGAAAACCGUUGCAGGGUGCUGCCGGGCCAGCUACACGUUCUUCCAGACCUACCAUUCCUACGUGAACCCACAGCACAACAGAGGAGACACUGGGCAGUGCUGUGAAAGCCAGACCAGACCUCCCUGCGCUGAUGGCUCCUUCUGUGACAACAUCUUCACGCUCUGUGUCCAGGAAACCUCUCACUCUCUGCCAGAGACGGGAAAUAUCCGGCAGCAGGACUGCCCACUAGGUCACACAGUUUCUCAGACAUUUGUCAACAGCGACAAUAUCACCUUUGACACAUCUUCUCCCGUAACUUCCACCGGAGACAUAUGGCCUGGAUCAUUUCGGCUGGUGGUUCAGGUGUUUGACGCAGAUCAACAAAAUCCAGACGAUUUUGUUGAUAUUCUUGUAGUUGAGCAUCUCCUCUCUCCCUCUGACUCUUUUACUCUCCCCACUGCCUAUACAAGUGAGGCAGGCAUCUUCACCAUUGUCAUCAGCUUCAGAGUGGAGUGCUCAGAGAACCUCUAUGGGGGGCGGUGCGACGUGUUCUGUAAACCAGCCAAUGGUUCAAACCAGGGAUUUUACUACUGCGACAGUGAGGGACAGAGAGUCUGUUUUGAUGGAUACCAGAAUCCAGAGACUAACUGCACUGAGGCUGUCACUGCAGGAUGCCCAGAGUGUGAUGACAGUGUCCAUACCAACUGCACAAUGCGAGGAAAUUGCACCAGUACGUGCACAACAGCUAUCAAUUGUGCUGAGAGAUCAAGUAAAGAAGACAACGUGGCAGGUGUCGUAGUUGGAGUGGUCGUGAGUGUGUUGGUAAUAGUGACAGUAGUGGCUGUUGUGAUAGGAAUCGUCAUCCUAUUAAGAAGACAGACAUUAUCUUACGUAAGAAUCCACCAGUCAAACCAUGUCAUCACGCAUACCAACUCCUCUUAUCUCUCCCCAGGGAGUUCAACGAAGGUGCAAAUGCCAGGGGACAACCCAAUCUACAUGUCGUCAACGAACGUGAAUGAAGUAUCGUCCUCGCCUCUCCACUCACCCACUCACAGCAGUGCCAGUCCUCCUAGCAGAGCCACUGACGUCACCCCCAUUGAGGACCUGGUCCCCGAGGAUCAGAACGAGAUUGGAGAGGUGCCAUUCGACGAUGCAGUCUACAGCAGCCCCUCCUCGUACCGCCACCCACCAACUCCAGCAGGGAAACUCAAUCCCUAUGGCAACUAUGGGGACAGCACAAUAACAAGAGUUGCUGGUGACCAGUUGUUUGACGACAGCAAGUACGCGUGGAGUCCUCCGUCGCAAACUGACAGUGAUGACAUUGACUCUGACUAUCAAUCAGAAUACCUGUAGCACUCUAAUAU